CCCCCCCCCUCCCCGCCCGUGUCGCUUCCACGGCAGCGCGCGGCGGCUGCCGGUUCGGCGGGUCCGGCCCCAAAGAAAGGGGGGAGCCAAGCGUCCUCGGCGCCUCCCCGCCCCUCGCCGCGGCCUCCGGGCCCGCACCCCGCCCCCAGAAACCCCGCACAGAAAGGAGAGCGGCGGGGAGGAGAAAGAAAGGAGGCGGCGGGCAGGGCAGGCGGCGGGCAGAGCAGGCAGGGCAGGCAGCAGGCAGCCAGCGCCGCUUCCACCGCCGCUCUCCCGCAGGCAGCCAGCGCCGGCGGAGCGGGAGGAGAACGGGAGAUUUUUCCUUUUUUUCCUUUUUUUUUUUUUAUUUAUUUUGCCUGGGCCGCGGAGGGCCCGGCCGGAGCCUGCCCGGCCCCGGGGAUCGCCCCCGGCUCCUCCCGGACCCCCGCACGGAGGACUCGAAGCGGAGCCGGAGUUCCCGCCGGCGGAUGGACCCGCAGCCCGGCGCCAGGAGCUGCAGCCGCGGGGCUCCCGCCUGCGAGGUGGUCCCGAACGAGCCCCCCAUGAACCUCUACAUCAACACCACCACCGGGACCCGCUAUGAGCUCUCCGUGCCCGCCGAGGAGACGGUGGAGGGGCUGAAGAGGCGGCUGUCCCAGCGGCUCAAGGUGCCCAAGGAGCGGCUGGCUCUGCUGCACAAAGAGAGCCGACUCAGUUCUGGAAAACUGCAGGACCUGGGGGUCGUGGAAGGAAGCAAGCUGACGCUGGUGCCCACCGUGGAGGCCGGCUUGAUGUCCCAGGCGUCCAGGCCAGAACAGUCGGUGAUGCAAGCUCUGGAAAGCUUAACUGAAACUCAGGUCAACGACUUCUUGUCGGGACGAUCCCCGCUGACCCUGGCCCUGCGCGUGGGCGACCAUAUGAUGUUUGUGCAGCUCCAGCUGGCAGCUCAGCAGAGCAGCGGGCAGCUCCAGCACCGGCACGUCAUCGCCAGCCGAGGAGAGGCAGGGGCCGCUGCCAGCCCCCACUGCCGGACGCUGCACGGCAGCACCGGCUCCGGCUUCGCCCGCAUCCCCGUGGUGCCUGCGUGCCAGCAGAGCCCAGCCCCCAGCCCCGCGCCCGCCGCGCCGGCCCCCCCCAUGUACUGUAACGCCCCCCACCCCGCUCCGGUCACCGCCGGGAUGUUCCGGUCGCACGGGGCCAGCACGCAGACGGUGAACAGCAGCGUGGUCUCCUCCUGCUCGGAGGUGGACUGCAGCACCCGCAGCAGCAGCUCGCCGGGCAGCAGUCCUGCCCCCACGGCCCGAUCCCGCAAACCCGGUGCGGUCAUCGAGAGCUUCGUCAACCACGCGCCUGGGGUCUUCUCAGGGACCUUCUCCGGCACUUUGCACCCCAACUGCCAGGACAGCAGCGGGCGGCCGCGGCGGGACAUCGGCACCAUCCUGCAGAUCCUGAACGACCUCCUCAGCGCCACGCGACACUACCAGGGCAUGCCCCAGUCCCUGACGCAGCUCCGCUGCCAGACGCAGUUCUCCUCCUCCUCCUCGCCCCCCGCUUCCCCGGACCUCGCCACCAAAACUACCUCAGAGCCGCUGCCGGCGGCCGCGGCCUCCCCGCCCCUGCACCCCGUCGUCCAGUGCCAAAGCCAGAUCCGGAUGUGCAAGCCCAGCGGGGACCGCUUGCGGCAGACGGAGAACCGGGCGACGCGCUGCAAGGUGGAGCGGCUGCAGCUGCUGAUGCAGCAGAAGCGGCUGCGCCGGAAGGCUCGCCGGGACGCCCGAGCCCCCUACCACUGGCUGCCGAACCGCAAGUCCAGCCGGACCAACAGCAACAGCAGCGUCUCCAGCGAGGGCAGCCUGGACCUGGACUUCGAGGACUCGGUGUGGAAGCCGGAGGUCAAGGCGGACAUGAAAUCGGAGUUUGUUGUAGCAUAGAGCCGUGCCUGGGGGGGGCCCCGGGGCUGCGGACUCUGCCGGGGGGGCCCCGCUCCCGCCGCCCCGGCUGGCAGCGGUGUCAUUUCUGUUGUCAUGGGCCAGAUCUCCUCUAGAUUUGCCAUCUUCUGCGACCGGACACCUCGGGGCAGACCCUGCCCGCAUCGGGGGAAGUGUUUCACAGGGUGGGGGGGGGCGGCCUCACCCUCCCCCCAGCUUGGUUGGGUUUGGGGAGAUGGGGGGAGCAGGCAGGACAGGAGCCAGCCCCCUCCCGCAUCCUCCCCGGCUGGGAGCAGGGGGUCCCGGCACCCGGGGGGGGGUCCCUGGGGGAUAUCGAAGCUGCUGCUUUGCUGUGAAAGAGGGGUGCACUGGGGUGGGCUCUGGCCCCCCAGUGUGUGUGUGUGUCCCCCGGUGUGGGCAGGAGGAGAUUAACUCUCUUUUGGAGGUGCUGGGGGCCCCCCCCGCCCCAGUUUGGGGGCCGUUUGUUUUCCUUCCCUUCUAUAUGUAGCAUUGCUCAGCUGCGGGGCUGGGACCCCCCCAGGCGGCUGGGGGGACACGCGUGUGCCUGGGUGCCACCGGCCCCGCUGCCGCAGCCAGGGUGGGGUGGGGGGGGGCUUUGUUUUGGGGUGGGUUUUAAUUUUGUUUUUGGAGGGAAAAGAGAUGGCGCCUUCCCUCCGUGGCUGAGACCAACUUCCGAGUCGCUGGACUCCUUCCCACCCACCUCCUGGUUGGUUGGAUUUUCUUUUUUAAUUUAAAAAAGGAGAAGAAGGAAAAAAAAAAAAAAGAUUAAAAAAAAAAAAAAAGAAUAAAUAAACCCAGUACUCGGUCAUGGCUGCCCGCAAGCCGUGGGGCUAAUAUUUAUAGACAUUAAUUACCCGACUGAGCCAAUACUGACAUAGUCUUGCAUAGGCCGUAGAAAUCCUUUUUCUUGUCCGACUUUGAUUUUUUUUUCGUCAGGAGAUCUGUGCAAAUAGAGAACCCAUGUGAUGUGU